CACGCUAAGAAAAGUUCUCCACAGCCCUCAUCCCGGAAAUAGAUUCCGAGAUGCCGGUGUAUAAGGAGCUGGGUCGGUGCGCGCUUCUACUGUGCUUUGUGCUGCUGAAUUCUGCCUCUGAGGAGCCCGAGCAGCCCGACCCGCAGCACAAACCUGUCCGGCUUUUCACUGAGAACGAUUUAUCCACUUACAAUGGGGAGAAGGAUGAGCAGCCAAUCUACAUGGCAGUGAAAGGGACAGUAUUCGACGUGUCUGCGGGGAGAGAGUUCUAUGGAAAAGGAGCUCCAUACAAUGCGCUGGCAGGAAAGGACUCAACACGGGCAGUCGCAAAGAUGUCACUGGAUCCAGCGGAUCUCACCCAUGAUACAGCAGGGCUCACGGAAGACGAGCUGAAGUCCUUGGAUGAUAUUUUUGAGAACGUUUACAAGAAGAAAUACCCGAUCGUUGGUUACACAGCGCGGCGUAUACUCAAUGAAGACGGGAGCCCCAAUUCCAACUUUAAACCUGACGACCAGCCGCAGUUCAGUAUUAAAGAUGAGUUUUGAACAAAGAAGAAUUGUCUUCUAGAAAGGGCAGGCUUUGCCCAGAGGCACUUGGAAUUGCAUAUACAGUAGCACCCGUGUGCCGCCCUCACAUUUGCAGGAGCAGUUUGUGCCAAUGUGCCUGGAAUCACCUACAGUAAGAGAUAAAUUUAGAAUGGAAUUCUGCAUUGUUUAUAAACAUUAUUUAAAUGAUUUUCGGACUUUCCUCUUUCCACUUGGUGAAUAAAUGCAUCUUGUUGUUGUUAUAAUA